AUGAGGAAGAAGGUUCGGCACCACAGGGUCCCCGUGCCCCAGCGGCCACCCUCCCCGAUCCGGCCGUCCCCCAACAAACAGACUCUGACCUAUGCCCAGGCCCAGCGCAUGGUGGACAUGGAGAUUGACGGCCGGGUGCAUCGGAUCAGCAUCUACGACAAGCUGGAUGUGAUCUCGGAUGAUGACCCUAUGGCGCAGGAGAUUAUGGAGUGCACCAGCAACAAGGAGAACAUGGAGAAGCCUCAGCAAACACUGAUGCGCUCCGUCCGGUUAAAAAACAGCCAGGAGAAGAGGAGUGCAGCUGCGGUCGCACAGAACCCUACAACACAUGGAGCUACAGCAGCACAGGCAGCACCAGCACAGACACUUCCAGAGGCCAAGGUCCGGACUGUGGAGUAUAACCUUCCAGCUGUCCCCAGGAGGCCCCCAGUGUAUUAUAAGUAUGUGGAGAAGACGUCAGAGGAGCUGGAUGAGGAGGUGGAGUAUGAUAUGGAUGAGGAGGACUACGCCUGGCUGGAAGUAGUUAAUGAUAAGAGGAGGAGUGAGGGCGUCAGUCAGGGGACGACUGUCAACCGCCGCACUGCCGUGCUCUUCAGAAAAUCCAAGACCUCUAGCCCUGGGAAGAACCAGGGGGGGAGAGGAAGAGGCGAGGCCCAGACAGGGUGCCCUCAGCUGGGCACCAAGACCUUCCUGUCGGUGAUGAUCCCCAGGCUGGAGACCCUCCUCCACCCCAGGACCAGGAAGAGGAGCCACAGUUCCAGAGUGGGGGCCUGUCUUCAUGGUUUUGUGAUGGAGGAGGUUAUUGAUGAAGAGAGGGAGCUAACUGCCAGCAGGCCUCUAGAAACCCGGAGACGGUGUGCCUCUGAGUCCAGCAUCUCAACUAGUGGUAGUCUGCUGGGCAGCACCAGCAGCAACCUCCGUCUUCCAACAUGUGGUAAGGGCAAACCGGCCCUGGUCCGAAGAAACACUGUGGAUGAUAAGAACGAGCUCAUUGCCUGUAUAGAAACCGAGAAUUUUGCCAGAGCUGCUAGGAUUGCUGCUGAAGUUGGCAAUAACAAUAUUUGGAUGCCUGCUAGUGCUUCAACAGUUGUUCUGGAACCUCGAAAGCUAGUUUGGGCAAAAUGUAGCGGAUACCCUUCCUAUCCUGUCUUGAUUGUUGACCCCCACAUGCCCCGGGUUGGAUGCCAGCACAACGGGGUGUCUAUCCCCAUACCUCCCCUCGACGUCCUCCGGGUCGGAGAACGGAUGCAGUUCAAGAACAAAAAACUCUUCCUCGUCCUAUUCUUCGACAACAAACGCAGCUGGCAAUGGCUUCCUAAGUCUAAGAUGGUCCCUCUGGGGAUCAACAAGACCAUCGACAAGAUCAAGAUGAUGGAGGGCAGAACAUCCAGCAUCCGUAAGGCUGUUCAGACUGCCUUCAAACGUGCCAUGAACCAUCUUAGCAUCGUUCAGGACAAACCUGUCAGCGACGUGGACUAA